AAUACCUGAGCAGCAAAGACAAGGCCGGACCUCUGACCAUUUACAGGAUGAAAAUGGAACAUGUGAAGAGUCAGAAGAUAUGGAAAUUCGGAACAGCGAAAGCCGAUGGGGAAAACAAAGUGAUCAUGAUGGUUGGUGAGACCGGAUCUGGGAAGACGACCCUGAUCAAUACCAUGAUCAACUUCAUCUUUGGUGUGGAGUGGAUGGACGACCACCGGAUCCAGCUGAUUGCGGAGAGUAGUGAGAAGAGUCAAGCCCACAGCCAAACAUCUGGUGUCACCAUCUACCAGAUCAACCACGAAGAUGAAUUCCGAAUCCCGUACUCCAUAACCAUCAUUGACACUCCGGGGUUCGGAGACACCAGAGGGAUACAAUAUGACGAGGAAAUCAUGAGGAAGAUACGAGAAUUUUUUCAUAAGUGCCCAUUCACUGAAAUCGAUGCCAUUUGUUUUGUGGUUCAGUCUUCUUUGGCCCGGUUGACCCCGACACAAUUGUACAUCUAUGACAACAUUUUAUCCAUUUUUGGGAAGGACAUCGAGGAGAAUAUAGUCUUCUUCACCACCUUCUCAGAUAUCCAGGAGCCAAACGUUCUCUCAGCAAUCAUUGAGGCUGACGUUCCCUGUGCCCGAUCUCAAGAUGGACAACCUGUGUACUUUAUGGUCAAUAACAGCAUGGCGUACGCAAAUAACUGCCCCGAUAAAGGGGGCAAUCGUGCCUACCGGGUUUAUGAACUACAGUGGGAGAUGGGAAUGGAAAGCAUUGGGACAUUUCUCAUACAAUUUUUGCCCGGAAUAGCCAGCAAAGACUUAAGUUUAACAAAGGAUGUCCUAGCAGAAAGAAACGCUUUGGAGGUAACCUUGGAUGGGCUCGUCCAAAAAAUUGAGGAGGUGACAGGUAAGCAGAAUGAACUGGAGCAAACGGAGAGAGCUCUGAAUGAACACAGGGAGGAGAUCGAAAAGAAUGAAUAUUUCGAGUUUGAAGUGACGGAAAGUGUAAAAAGAAAGACGGACUCAUCUCUGUACUCGACCAACUGCUACGAGUGCCACUCUACGUGUCACCAAGACUGCCUCGUGUACUUUGACGUCUUGGUUUACUUGUGUGAGGUUUUCUAUUGGAAUGGAACCUGCAGCGUGUGUGGUCACGGCGGGAGCAAGCACUUCGCGGAGACGUCUUACUGGCAAACGUUCGUCAGACCCCAAAAGAGAAGUUAUUUUGAUCUUAGGAAAAAAUAUAAGAAGAGAGACAACGAGGUGAUGACCCCGGCAAACGUUCUGGAGAAGCUGAGGGACGAAAUCAAAGAGGCCGAGGGUGAGGGGCUCAGGCUUAUUCAGGAGGUCUCCAAGAUUCUCAAACACCUCCAGGAGAUCGCCUUGAAACCCAACCCCGUGUCUACGGUGGACUACGUCCGGCUGCUCAUCGAAAAAGAGAGGCGGGAAGGGAAGAGCGGAUUCUUGGAGAGGAUUGACAUGAUGGAAAAAGCCAUUCAAAAUAUUGUUAUUGUCGGCAACAUUCAAUCUCAAGGGGCAGGGGUCAGCUUAGUCAACAUAAUAUCAGAAGCCGCCAAAGUUCCUGACACUUCUAAAUAA